AGUAUGUUGGAAAUUGUUUGAUUUGCAAAUAUAAAUUGAGUAAAAUGAGUCUAGCGCAAGGCAAGGCAAAUACCAGAGAGCAUUGCUACCUGUGCGACUGCAGUGUUGACGAUGUUACAGUAUUCGGGAAUAUGUUCGAAAAACGAUUUACCCCCACUGGGAAAGAACUCAAUUCAAUGGGUUCAAUUUUAAGCCAGAUUUUGGGCCACAAACUGCACGGAGAGCAAUUGCAUUCCACGUAUUUAUGCAGCGGCUGCAAGAUGGACUUGCUUCAAUAUGAAACAUAUCAGGCUAAACUCCUUGAGACAUGCUCGAAUAUAAGAAAUCGGCACACAGAAACUCUUAAAUUGUACGAGCCUAAAGAGGGAAUAGAAGAUGUGCCCAGUGAAAUGGGCACAACGGAUGACGAUUUGAUUGAGGAGUGCGAUGAGGACGCAGACUACAUGAUCGAAGAGUGCUCCGAAUGCUCCGACAAUAGAAAUCAUUCAACCGAGGAAUACUUCGAUCAUGAUGAUGAUUUGAUUGAGGAGGACUCCGAUAGUGGUGACUACCAAAAGAAUAGUACGCUGGAGCAGCCAUUAAAGACGAGGCCAGAUGCCAGCCCCACUCCUCCCAUAGAUGCCAAGCAGAGCAAAAGCAAAAACUGCUGCUCCUACUGCGGACAGAAGUUUGCCCGGCGUCAGUGGCUGGAGGAGCACCAGCGCAUACAUACGGGCGAGCGACCCUUCCAGUGUGAACUGUGCAACGCCCGCUUUGCGCAGCGUUCCAAUUGGCGCACCCACAUGCUGACCACGCACCAAAACAAGGCCAACUUCAAGUGCAACCAAUGCGACAGGCAGUUCAAGCGUCGGCGUCUGCUCGACAAUCACAUCAAGUCGAGGCACACAAAGUUGCGCGAUUUACGCUGCACCCAAUGCGAUGCUACUUUCGGGAAUCCGGUGUACUUACGCCAACAUAUGCUGUGCCACACGGGCGAGAAGCGAUUUAGCUGCCUGAUUUGUGACAAGCGAUUUGGUCGCAUCGAGAAUCGAAAUAUCCAUCAUUUUGUGCAUAGCAUACGGAAACCGUAUGCCUGUCUCGUCUGCGGCAAAGAAUUCAUGCGAAAACAGCACAUCCAGCAGCACAUUGCGACCAGCAUGCAUCACAACCCAGAAAUUGUGCGCCGCGAGCCUCUGUUCAACGUGGCCAACAGUAAUAAGCUGCGGAUGCAUGCUCUUGCAGCAGCCAACAAAUAACUCUUGAAGAUCUCCCCAUUCUCCCAAAAAAAUAAAAGUAUUAACUGAUAAUAAAUUACUUUUUCAUUUGUACAAAUUGUUUACGAAUUGAGAUCGUCGUUUUUGACCAUCCAACACUUAUUUUAUUUAUUAUCCUUUAUUUUGAAACACUUGUAAAU